AUGUUGUUUGUGACAUACCUCAAUGAGAGUAAUUUGAGGCUGUUCACAAACUCCUUCAGCACUUUUGGCCAUGUUUUCCGCGCACCGUCUCCCGCGCCGACGGUGGAGCCCGCGCGAGCCCGCGCAAGAUGGCUGUGGCCCCGCGGAGACGUUCGCGUUGCCGAGGUUGGUAUUGGAAGGAAAAAGUGCUCCGAAAUGGCGUCGGAUACAGAUAGGCAAGUGAAUUCGUCCCCAGCAAAACGGCUAAAACUCGACCAUACGGAUCUUUUAUCGGAUUCAAGCGUUGAAAUAAGCAUCGGGAGUGUCCCUGCAUCUGUUAAGCCCAGCCAAGAUGGGUUUGAUCCAGGGAUGGGCCCGCACCAAGGUAUUUUAGCUGGCGGGGACCCUCGGUUCAGGCCUAGGUCUAGUCUUUCGCCUGGUAGGCCUAGCGGGCCCGAUGAGCCACAGCCUUCAACAUUUGACAUCGGCAUCGGGAUUGUGUCUGCUGGGGUCGCCGACGAAGAUGUCCAACAGGAGGUUGAGGACCAGGACCGAGAUGCUGACGACGAUCGGGACGAAGUUUCUUCUACUGUGAGCAGCCUUUCCAUUAGUGGAUUGUCAGAUAUGAGUGGGCAAGGUUGGAAACCCGUGGUGGGCCCUAUGACUUGGGUGCAGCGGCAAAUCCAGACGGGUGUCAAGCCCAGGGAAAUCCUCAACCACCUAGGAGCAGACCCUACUGACAUUCCCGUCGACAUGGAUGACAUGACGCUUUGGAAGAUAAUUGUCAACAUGAUGAGUGUGCCUCCAAGAAGAUCUAAACUCCGGAAUAUCAACACAUUGCAAGAUGUUGUUGGGCUGAUAAAAAGUUGCAGUCGUAUCAUUGUCCUCACUGGCGCAGGCGUUUCUGUUUCCUGCGGUAUUCCAGAUUUUAGAAGUCGAGAUGGAAUUUAUUCAAGAUUAGCUGUUGAUUUUCCUGAUUUACCAGAUCCACAGGCUAUGUUUGAUAUAAAUUAUUUCAGUCAAGAUCCACGUCCAUUCUUCAAAUUUGCUCGAGAGAUAUAUCCAGGCCAGUUUAAACCAUCAGCAUGUCACAGGUUUAUCAAGAAAAUUGAAGAGCACGGAAAAUUACUGCGAAACUAUUCUCAAAACAUUGAUACUUUGGAGCAUGUCGCAGGUAUCAAAAAUGUAAUUGAGUGUCAUGGGUCCUUUUCAAAUGCAUCUUGUACUAGAUGUAAGCACAAAGUCACUGCAGAAGAGAUUCGGGAAAAUAUUAUGCAACAGAAGAUACCUUAUUGUCCAAAAUGUUUCCACUCGGGGCUCUCAGAAUCCUGCUCCUCAGGGAGCAACACAGAUUACAGUUCCUUAUUCAACAAAGGAAUAAUGAAACCAGACAUUGUUUUCUUUGGAGAGGGCUUACCAGAAGCUUUCCAUGAUGCAAUGGCUGCUGACAAAGAUGUCUGUGACCUGUUGAUUGUCAUCGGCUCCUCACUGAAGGUACGGCCGGUUGCACUGAUUCCAAACUCCAUCCCUGCCCAUGUUCCUCAGAUUUUAAUCAAUCGAGAGCCAUUGCCGCACUUACGGUUUGAUGUGGAAUUGUUGGGAGAUGGUGAUGUAAUUGUAAAUCAGCUGUGCCACCUCUUAGAAGAUGGGUGGUCAGAGCUGUGUAGUCAACCAGUACUGUCAGAAGCCGGAAAUCUUCUUCCUUCAUCGGUUGAUAGGGCCAGUGAGAGGGACCUAGUCCAUUCUCUGAAAAGUCAAGAUGCCAACAAGUCUGUCAAAGCCUUAGAGACGGACAUUGGAGUCAGUUUAUCCUCAGCUGAAGAUGUCAACAGAGUCUUAAAAGAAGUUAUCCCUGAAGCUGGUGUCAUUCCUGUUGUGGAACUAUCAAAUGAAGAAGUUUUAAGUGCACUGGAAGAUCAUGCUAUGGCCACUGAGAAGAACGAGUUUGAAGGUGAGGUAAAGCUGAGACACAUGUCAGUUGACUCAACACCAGAUAUUGACAUUGAAGCUGGAUCAUCGUGUGAUAUUAAAGAAGCUGAUGCAGAAUUGGAGUCAAGAAUUGCUGCUUGUGUUGCCAAUAGUGGCAUGUCUGUCUCUGGUGUCCCUGGGUCAGCCAAAGAAAGACACUUGUCACUUGAUUCCACAAGAGACUCUGGAAUCGGAGAUAGCUGCAACAGUGUUGAUAGUAGUGUAGACAAGGAGAGGGACACAAAUACUGAGUCGACAAGUGAUUUAACAAGUAAUUCAUGGAACAAAGCAAAAGAAAGCAUUGCAUCGCGUCUUCCUGUUAAUUGCUUCCAUUUUGUGGCUCCAAGUAGGUACAUAUUUCCUGGAGCUGAGGUGUUUGUGGAAAGGUCCAACUACAGUGACACUGAUAGUGAGUCUGGUAGUGAUUCUCAUGAUUCCACCGAUGAGAGUUUUGAAGAGCAAGAAACUGAAAAUGAUUGUGAAAAGGCUGAACCAAUGACUCAGCAGACUGAAUGCAAUGCUCCCUCCUCUGUCAAGUCUUGUGACUCAGUGCAUUAACUUGUUAUUCUUCUUUGUUUGGAAAAUUGUUGUUAUUCUUGUGUGUACAGCGCUUUGUGCGACUCAUGUUUCGUGCAGUUACUUGUUAAUUAACUAUAAUUUGUACAUAUAUAGCUGUCUAUUUUAUUUAAUCAAAAGCCAGUAACAUUUUUCCUAUUGAUCUUCUGAAGUUUUUGGAAUAUUGUUUCUUCCUCAUGAACUUCCCCUUUUUUUGCAUAUUUAUUGACUUGUUAAAUUCAUUAUCAACUUUUCUUUUCCACAAUUUCAAAAAAUUAAAUUUUAUUUGUUCAAUUGUUUCAUAAUUUUGUAUUGGAUUUGUAUUUGUGUUGGCCUUCAAAGAUUGCUGUCUGCGUGUUUGAUUUUGUAUUAUUUUGAAGUGGCAUUGCAAUGUAGUAGCAUUUAUCAGUGGAAAUACGCCUGUCAUAGUGUUCCCAAGUAGCUUGAUUUUGUUACUCUUUGGUGUUCAUUGUUUCUGCCAUUGUCUGAAACAAGUACAAAAAUUCAAUGCUUGCUGAUAGUUUUGAUUGAUUUUUUUGUUCUUCUGGUUUGUGGCUUGGUUGACUGAACCUGUUCUUUUUGCAAUACCAUAUUGUUGCAAUUCUUAUUUUUGUUUAAGGGCUGCCAGUCUGGUUUCAAAAUCCUAGAAAAUCUACUUUAACUUUUGGACUUAAUUGCUUGCUUGAAUUAAUGAUGUUUUCUAAUUUCUGUUGAGGGGUUUUGUUUGUGCCAUUUUAGAUUAAGCUUGUUUCAUUGACUCAAAAACUGGUAAAUUUUUGAUAGUGCUACAUUAAUUUUUAUUCUUGAGAUCACAACAUUAAAGAGGUCAUAGUUUUGUCUUUCUCCCCCUCUCGGUACCGCUUUCUUUGUCCAUCCCCUCUUUAUUUUCUUAAAAUAUUUUAACACUUAGUGGCAGUCCUCACAUUCUACUAAAGCUUUAAUUUUUUUAGUUUGCUGACAAUUAUUCACUUUUUGUUGUGAUUGUUUUUGUACAUUAUAAAUUUCUGUAGUUCAUCUAUAGUACAAAAUAUACUGAUCCAAUAUUGGGUUGGUGACUUAAAGAGUUUUUGUAUAAAGUUUGCAACUGAAGGUGCUCUUUAUGUCUUGAGUUAACACAUUUUAUAAGUCAAAGAAUGAAUUUCUUCUCAGUGUGUAUUAUAUCUUUCAUUAUUGUUGAAAUGGAGAAAUUUGGCCCGACACGGGUCAUUGUCGCUAUCCUUGUGUUGAUGCUGCAGUUUCAAUUAUCAUUUUGAAGCUGCCUUUGAAGGGCAGUAGACUGCUAUGUUACUUCCUAAAGAAAUAUAUUUACAUCUGCAUUGAAAUUGUUUGCAGAGGCGUUUGUUGAUCUGCCGUAGAAUGGUACGGAAGAGUUGAUUCAUAUAUAUUUAAAUAUUGGGUUUGCUGACUUAAGCAACCAUGAUUGUUCCUUCGAUAAGGAACAUAUUUGUACUGGUUUUGGUAUGGAGUGAAGGUACAUGUACUUUAUGCAAUUGUCGGGUAAUUUUAUAAAUUCUUGUAUAAUUUCAAUCAAACUGUAAUAGCAUAUUUUAAUUUUGUUUCCUUUGCACACUUGGGCUUUGUCCCAUUUAAGAUCUCAGUAGGGCUCUCUGGCUUACCUUUAUAAGUAUGGAAUGCUGCAGUGCAGCUAAGUAAUAUUUGUGUAAAUACAUUAAUACAAGUAUGGAUGUUCUUUCUCAAAUAGAUAGUUUAGUUGUUCACUUUAUUUUGAGUGACUGAAUGCUUGUGUGUGUGUGUGUGUGUGCAUGUGUGAGUGUGUGAGCGAAUGCGCGCGGGAGCAAGCGAGCAUGUGUUUCAUAGUGCAUGGAAAAGCUCACCUGAAAUUGUCUCCUUUUAUUUUUAUGUGGAGAAUUAAGUGACUAGGUUGCAUUUAAUUUCUUAGGUUUCUUGCUUCCAUUGUCGUAACAUCAGUCAGCACUAUAGCAAUAUAAAGUUUUUAUGAAGUAUUGCCUGUUAAUGUGAAUGCUUCAUUUCAGUGUAUUCUUUGAGACCCUUACAAGUCCGCUUAAUGUAUGACAAUCUGUUCUGUUAAGUCUCAUGUGAGGAUCUUUUCAACUUCAAUGUAAUUUGGCCAACUUGUGUGUAUACCUUAAUGUCUGUGGUUAGAAUUCUCCUACCAUGUGUGACAUAUUGGUGUAACAUCCACCAAUAGCAUAUGAGUCGUUUCAUUUUGUUUUUGCCACACAUGCUUGUGUAUUCUUAAUUAACAGUUGCAUGCAAAUCUUGUGUUGUUCUUGUUACCAUUGUUGUGGUUUCUAUAGCGCACUGGUUUUUCUGGAGAAUGUUGGUAAUGCUGUUGCUAUUUUAUGUUGCAUAGGACGUGUUCAUUGAAGAUGUUUAAAAGUUAAUAGCCAAGUAUGUACCCUAAUAUUGUAUAUUUCCGUCCAGGGUAGGGGUCUACCUUAAGAGGAGAGUAAUAGAAUUGAAGUAAUGCAUGAAAGAGGUACCUCAACAGGUAGCAACUGGUCCUGAACUGUGUGCUUGGGAUUUGUCAUUGAACUUAACCAAUCUAUCUUCAACCAUAUUUGACCAAAGGUAUAAUUGUUCUCCACCAGCUAUUAAUAAUUCUGAUACAAGAAGUUCAAAAAUUCUUAAUUGUUUUUUAUUUUAUUUUUGUUUGUUUGCCAGCCACCAGUAACUUUAUUGAUUUUUUUUAAAUGCAUAUAUUUUGUUUUUAUGAAUCCAACUAUUGAACACACAAUGCAAUCUGUACAUACUGUGUAUUCUAUUUUUAAACCGAAAUUGUAGUAAUAAUUGGUCAUAAAUGUACAAUCACUAACUUUGUUUCUUGAUCUAUUUUUAUGAGGGAGAUUUGUUUUAUGUAGCUUUUCAAUGCAAAAUGGAUUUUAGUAGGAAGAGUUGUCCAAAGCAUUGAUGUCUUGAAAUGUGGUUGUCACAAUUGUUUUCAUUCAUAAUGAACUAUGCAGAAGUAUUGUUGGAAAAAGUUUUAGGUUGUAAGCUGCAUUUUCGUAUCUUCAUAAAAUAUUUCUUUAAUUUAUAUGCAUAUUAUUGUAGCUACAGUACAGUUUCCAGUGCAUUAUUAGUUGACAAUUGUUUGUGAUAAAAUUAUGAUGUACUUUACUCUCGACUAACCUGAUUCUCAAAUGACUGUUUCGGAAUGCCUCCAGUUUUGCCUGUCAAAUUUCUUCUUAUGUGUUUCGAUAAAUGAUUGAAUGUCUGAGACCUAGUAUGACAAGGUGUUUGAUUGUUCACAUUAUAAAGCACUGGAAAUAAACAUGUUUUUAUUGAAAA